CCUCAAGGUGGCGGCCCCCAGGAGUUACACGCCAAGUUUCGCCCCGCCCUCCGGCGCUGCUGCCACAAUGGCGGCGGGGGCAAGGCUGGUGUGAGCGGGUCGCGGUAAGAGUUGUGCCUCCUUGCCGUGGUUUCCUAUCCACGUGGCUCUAGGUUGUGGGCAUUCUCAGGAUGUCUGAGGGCAGCUCGUCGGGAGAACCGGGCCCCGCCGGAGGGAGCCGUCCCUCGCUGCCCGGGGCCCGUGGGCUGAUCGGACGGCGGCCCGCGGCCCCCCUCACCCCGGGCCGCCUCCCUUCGAUCCGUUCCAGAGACCUCACGCUCGGGGGCGUGAAGAAGAAAACCUUCACUCCGAACAUCAUUAGCCGGAAGAUCAAGGAAGAGCCAAAAGAAGAAAUAUCAGUCAAGAAAGAAAAACGAGAGAGGGAUCGAGAUCGACAACGAGAUGGGCAUGGUCGGGGAAGGGGUCGUCCAGAAGUGAUCCAGUCCCACUCCAUCUUUGAGCAGGGUCCUGCAGAAAUGAUGAAGAAGAAAGGCAACUGGGAUAAGACCGUGGAUGUGUCAGACUUUGGCCCAUCCCAUAUUAUCAACAUCAAAAAGGAGAAGAGGGAAACAGAUGAGGAAACUAAACAAAUUCUACGCAUGCUGGAGAAGGAUGAUUUCAUAGAUGACCCGGGGCUCAAGAAUGAUACACGAAACAAACCUGUGCAGCUCCCUCUGGCUCACUCAGGCUGGCUUUUUAAAGAAGAGAGUGAAGAACCUGAUGUUAAGCCCUGGCUAGGGAGAACCAAGGAAGAGAACAUGGAGGUGGAUGUGCCAUCACUGAAAGUGAAAGAGGAACCCCAAGAUGAGCAUGAGGCCAAGGCCGCUGCUCCCCCGAAGCCUGCCCGAGCAGCGCCUGGACUUCCCCCAGAUGUGUCUGUGGCAGAGUUACUUAGGGAGCUGAGCUUUGCCAAGGAGGAAGAGCUUUUGUUCCUGCAGCUGCCUGACACCCUUCCUGGACAGCCUCCCACCCAGGACGUCAAACCCAUCAAGACAGAGGUCCAAGGAGAGGAUGGGCAGAUGGUACUCGUGAAGCCAGAGAAAGACCGGGAAGCUAAACUGGCAGAGAACCUGUGUACACUGAGUGACCUGACAGAGGGUCAGGUGGGAAAACUGCUGAUCCGAAAAUCUGGAAAGGUGCAACUGCUUCUGGGCAAAGUGACUCUGGAUGUAACAGUGGGUACUUCCUGCUCCUUUUUACAGGAGCUGGUGUCUGUGGGCAUUGGAGACAGCAGAACAGGUGACCUGACAGUGCUGGGCCAUGUGAAACACAAGCUUGUAUGUUCCCCUGAUUUUGAAUCCCUCUUGGAUCACAAACAGCGGUAGAAAAGGCCAACCGAGGGUGAAAGGGGCACUGUCCACGCCCUGUACCAGAAUUUUCAUUCCUGAACUCCCUGGGACCCCGAAGACCACUGAGGCCUGCAACUUCUGCCUCUGAUCAACAUCACAGCUGGCUCUUCAGAGAUGACAAGGGUUCAGUGACUUCUUCCCAAGUGGUGAUGAAUGGCUUGAUGGCCUUGGGGGAGAAUGGAAACAUGCACAUGCUCGCUGCUGUAUUUAUGGGCUUGGGCCCACUGUAUUUAUACUGUAUAUUUAUGUCUCCCUCUUUUUGUACUGACUGUAUCCAUAUGUGCUGAAGGGCAGUGGAGACCCAGGUGGAGCCAUGGAAAAGGUCAAGACCAUUUCUUCUGGUUUUACUCUUCCUUGAAUCUCCCGGAGGGAAGCAGGGAUGUUUCCUGCACCUCAGCCUCCGGCCCUUUCCCCUAGUCCUUCUUUGUUAGCUGCAUCCCCAAGGAAAGGGCUCCAGCUUGCCUCCCCUCAAGCAGGAAACACAGGAAAACGUACUCUUUUUAAAGGUCCUGAAACACAGACUGUUCAGGCUGUCCUGGGCCCUCUUCCUUUUUUCCAUGGACUCUUAAGCCAAUAUUUGGCAAGUGUAUAACUCUGUUGGAAGGCACAAAUAGAGAAACUUCUGUCAACACAUUGUUCAUCUCUAUGUACUCUCGAGUGAUUUGGGGGGCCCACCCCAAGCCUAAUCACUGUAGUACUUUUCCUCUGCUAGAGUAGCCGGGUUCCCCUCAGAGAGGGGUCAUUGUGGUGGCCAUGGGGUGUUCUCCCUGUCCCCAGUCAAAGGCUGACAUAUGCCUGGAUAGGAAAACGAUGGGUUUUAUGGAUGGAAGCCCUCCUUGAUGUGACACGCUAUCUCAAAAGCCUUCCCCUCUCUCUCAGUACCAUAAAACAGACCUACUCUUCUUGGAUCACAGUCACAGCCUGCCUCUCCUUGUUUGGCUCUGAUGUUUGGAGGCCCAUGAUAUUAUUGCUUCAGUGUACAGGUGGUCCUGGAUCGCCAGGCAUUUGGUCCCUCCAAGGGAUAGCCCCUUGAAGAGAAGCUCAGCUCUCCUUUCCCUUCUUAGCAGAAUCUAUAUUCCUCCUGGUUCAACUUACGGAGUUUCCUCCAACAUUAGCUACAAGCAGUGAUCACAACAGUGUUGCUACAUGCCUCAGUUUGCAGUAAGUAGGAGGUGCGAGUCUUCCAGAUAUUCUCCUCAAAGUUGUUCCCAAAGCAUUGCAGUGUUCAAGGAGGGUAUAGUGUUACAGUUCUGGAUUGAGAGAAAAAUCUAGUCUAAAAACCUGUUCCCUGGCUGUACGGUCUCCAGAGGCACAAGGGUAGCUGGCACAAAUGUUUCUGAGGUGCAGAGUGGGGUCUGGUGUUGCAUCUAUAGGCUCUUAAUAAUGGCUCUCUCCCCAGAAAUGAUGUUAGAGCUUAGUCCUAGGAGAAUACAGUUCCACUGGGACCAAGAAACUUGUUUUCCCAAAGCCCUUUUGCCAUGAACCUCCUAAGGUGCUUAUGGGAAUGAGGUCAUAGUAGUGAGUGAUUUCAUAAAUAUGACCCUCUCCCUCCUUCUAAGGGAUCUAGGUGAGGAAAUUGAUUUCCUAGAGCAAACACUUUUCUUUGUUCUACCCCCUGUCGGUCAAGGACAGGGUUUUUCCUGGUCAGUAAGUGGUUACAGAGGUCAGUGGAUCAUUUGGCUACUGCUCUGUCCCUUUGCUCACAUCACUAGUAAAUUCAUGCAUCUCUGCUUUGUCUUGGAAAAGCUGCUAUGUCUCCUGCUUUAUCCUAGGAAAGACAGUUUUGGAUGGUGGCUAGUGAACUAACCUUGGAGGCAGGAGGUCCUGCGUUCAGGUCCUGCUUUUGACACUUAAUGGCUCUAUGACCUCAGUAAGUAAGUCACAGCCUCUCAGGGCCUCAGGAUUAAGUUGCAGAUCUAUGUUGAUAGAGGAAGAUUCAUCACUGGAUGUUCCCUGUGCAGUGAAAUCAGAGAUCUUGACCAGAGGAAAGGCUUCCUUGGAAGUUCAUUGUCAGUUUAGGCAGGAUUUCCUCAGGUUGGGUGGGAAACUCAGCAAACAAGAAUUGCUGAUGAGCCUGGCUUCCCCUUGACUCUCUGGGUCAUAAUUAUUGCUGCUACUCUUUUGAAACAGCUGGUGGCACAGUGGAUGGAGCACUGAGUCUGGAGUCAGGAAGACCUGAGUUCUAAUCCAGAUUAGACACUUAUUGUCCAUGUGAUCCUGGGCAAGUUACUGAAUCUCUUUUGACCUCAGUUUCCUUAUCUGUAAAAUGGGGAUAAUAAUAGGUUUGUUAUGAGAAUAAAAUGAGAUUUAUAAAAUGCUACAUAAAUGUUAGCUAUUAUUAGCUAUUCUUCAAGAACUAAUAACUUGUGCCAAUGGAUUUCUAUGAUAAACUCUAGUUUCUUUUUGAUGAAUCAUAAGGACAUGUUAGCCUCUGAAGUUAACUUCAAAAGCCUUAGGUACCUUCCAGGAUUUGUUGUCUCUGGUCCCAACCCCUUGAAAUGCAUGAGUGGGAACGUGGGGUACCCUGUGUCAAAUAGCUCAGCAUGUCUCCCUUCAGCGUCUUAGGUUUUGAGUCACGAUAAAUCGAUCUUCUCCAUCAGUGUCCUUUUCACUUCUCUCCAUCCUCCUGAUACCCAAAUUAUAUGUCAAGGGUAAAGAGGAGGAAAAACAACUUUGGUUUCCAGUCGGAGCCUCUGUAUCACAUAUCUUUCCAUGCAAUUAAGAGAACAAAAGUCUGUAUAGACUUAACUGCAGCUGUGUAUACAUAGUUUAUGAAAACAUAACUCAAAUACAAAGGAAAGGGCGUUUGUAAAGUCAAGUGGACACAGCCAAGAUUUUUAUUUGAAAACUACACAAAAACAAAAAGAUUGCCACAUCCUCUCUACAACUGGAUCCUUACCUACAAAGCUAUGAGAAGCCACAGUGUGUACUAGUUGAAUAACAUGAUAGGGGUUUAAGCAAACAGACAGAAAACUAGAGAUCCGAAAGAAAGGGGGCAUUUAGUUAGUUCUUCUGUCAGGAGCAUCUUCAGGAGACCACAUCUAGGACAAAGUCUUUUGUAAAUGUAUUAUUUGUCUUGUCACCUAUCUGCAUAAAUACAUAGCAAAUAUAAGUAAUAGAGUAUAUGACACAAAUGGGGAAAGGUACUACCGGGGAAGGCUAAGCCCUGUUCCAUAGGCCAGAGGUGCUGCUCCAGAACCAGACUGGCGCAUAAUUGAGAAAUUGUUAACAAAAUAAAAAUACAAUAAAACAGAUAACAUCGCCUUUUAAAACA